AUGUGUUCGAUAAUAGAGAUAAAACCUAGACGAGUUACGGUUUCGUGUAAACAACUUUUUAAUGAUAAUGAAUCAUCAUCUUCAAAACUAACAGUAACAUCUCCAUCGUAUUCAAAAGUAUUAUCUUCGUCAAUGUCCACAACAAGUUCAUCUAAUCGUCAACAAACUGCCUCGUAUCAAGGUUAUUAUAACAAUGACACAACAUCCUAUUGUCCAUCCUACAAUAAUAACGAUGAAUUGUACUAUCCGAAACGAAAUAAUAAUUUCAAUUAUUCACAUGAAACUCACUAUCAACCAUCACAAAAACAUCGACCACAAUCACAUUUAUACAAUACAACGAAUGAUCAAACAGUUUACGAUUUAUCGUAUAGAGAUUUACAUGUCGACACAAUACCUUAUCAUAGUAUGGACAUAUUGUUCAGUGAACUAGCCAAUAUUGAUGAAAAUGCAAAACAAAAUAAAGCAACAACAACAAUUUCAAAAACAUCACUAAAUCCAUUAAGUCCAGCAUUCCAUAGCACGAGACAAACUGUAUUAAUAUCAGAAAAUUCAUCAAGUUUGAUUGAUCAAAAAUUUCAUUAUCAAUCGGAAACAUCAGAUUAUGGCACUGAUCCAGAACAACAAUACCAUCACACAAACAAUCAUGAACCACUAUUAUCACCACCUUCUAUAGUGAGAUUAUUAGACAAUGAUGUAAUAUCUCAGAAAAAACUUUCAACAGAAACAGUAUUUAAAUUUGAUGUUUCAGAAACAAAAAAUUCAGCAUACACCAGUUUUUCGUCGUCUUCAUCUGGAUAUCAAGAGGAACACGACUUCGACUCCAUAUCUUCAUGCCGUCGCGUUUCAUCUUCCAGUUCAAUGUCGUCAAGUUGUUCUAGUUUAUCGUCUAGUGAAACAUAUUCUAAUUCUCAAAAAUAUUCAACAUCAAAAUCUUGUAAAAUAAAUAUAAAACAACGAACAAACGAUAAGUUCAUUCUAACAAGUAGUAGUAUGGAUGAAUCAAAUUCUGAUGAGGUUAUUAUAGAUGAAAAUGAACAACAAAAUCAAUGUUUUUGUGAAAAAGAAAAUUAUUCAAAAAAGAAGCAACAACAAUUUCAACAACGUAAAAGUAUUAUACAACGAAAAUUAGCAUCAUCAUAUCCAUGUGAAAAAUGUGAAUCAAAGCGAAAAUUAACAUUUCAUGAUUCGACUUCAAUUAAAAAUAAUAAUCACUAUAAUAAGCAAAGUCAAUCUGACGAAGAAAAUGAAAAACAACUACAGUCGGUAUCCGUUUCUAAUCAAAGGACAUCUAAAAACUCUUCAUCGUCUUCUUCCACGUCUAAUGCAAAAAAAAAAUUGCAAGUAAUAAACGAUGAUCCAUUCGAUGUUUCAGUGAAUAAAACUGAUUUUUAUGCUAAUUUAACGGGCCGAAAUAUUCAGUUAUCUAUCGAUUACCAUGAUUGUUCGUGCUUAUCAAAUAAAUUAUCUCAAGCAAUCUCAUAUUCUUAUUUAUCCAUAAAUUUACCACCACAAGUGUAUUCACAGCCACAACAAUCGGCAUUUUUCACUACACAAAUAGCGCCCAUCUUUCUCGCAUCAUCCGUCUUAUCUACAUGUCAUUGUCAACAACAACUAUUAACAAAAACACUUAUUCCAUGUUAUUCACCGAUAACGACAACAAUCAAUUACCUACCGUUUUCAUCUUCAAAUAGUUUGUUUCCAACUACGACUUGUUGUAAAUGUUCGAGUAGUGUAGAUUGUGUUGAUUCCACAAUAGUUAUGAAUAACGAUGAUAUCAUUCAUAAUAGACCCUAUAAUCAUUACAAUAAUACAGAAUAUCAUCAAUAUAUGACAUAUGAAAAUCAUACGACAAAUCAGAAUAGCACAAAAUUUUGUAUUCCCUCAGAAAAUUUAUUCCAUCAUGAUCUAUAUCUAACAACUGCUACACCAUCUUCUAUAUGCAUGGAUAUUGACAUUUCAGAAAGUGUUAAAACUGCUCAUGAACAGCAACAGUAUUAUUUAGGAUGGGUUACACCCGUUAUUGACAAAGAGUUCCUUCAACCACCACCAACUCGUUCUUGGCUUCGUUUGUCAUCGCCAAAUGUUACUCAACCAACGGCUAUAUUUACUGUUAUGAAUUAUAACAUAUUAUGUGAUAAAUAUGCUACAAGAAAUGCUUAUGGUUACUGUCCGAGUUGGGCAUUGAAAUGGGAUUAUCGUCGAAAACAGAUUUUGGAAGAAUUAAAAAACUAUGCAGCAGAUAUCAUUGCAUUACAGGAAAUUGAAAUGGAUCAAUAUCAUGCAUAUUUUUUACCAGAAUUAAAAAGUCUUGGUUAUGAUGGUGUAUUUAGUCCAAAAUCUCGUGCUCGCACAAUGUGUGAAAGUGAUCGACGUUUUGUUGAUGGCUGUGCAAUAUUCUAUAGAAAAACAAAAUUCCAUUUAGUUGAAAAUUAUUUGGUUGAGUUUAACCAAUUAGCAAUGUCGGCAGCUAAUGGUCUAUCAUCUCAUGAUAUGCUUAAUCGUGUUAUGACGAAAGAUAACAUUGGCCUAGUAGCACUAUUAGAGACAAACGAAGAAAUAUAUUCUCAUACAUUUUCUAGUGGUAUGGUACCAGCCGAUCAUAAACAAUUAUUAUUUGUUUGCACAGCUCAUAUACAUUGGGAUCCGGAAUUUUGUGAUGUUAAAUUAGUUCAAACGUUAAUGCUAUUAAGUGAAAUAAAGACAAUUAUGGAAGAUGCUAUUAAGACACAUCGUCCAGCAAUGGCAGCGCAUAGUCCAAUUGAUUGUAAUUCAAUACCAUUAGUAUUAUGCGGAGAUUUUAAUUCGUUACCAGAUUCGGGUGUUAUUGAAUUGAUGCGUAAUGGACGUAUAUCAUUAUCACAUGUUGAUUUUAAAGAAUUACAAUAUGAAUCAUGUUUACAAAAAAUGAGUCGACAUGAAGGUUCAACAGAUUUAGUACAUCAUUUUAAUUUUCAAUCGGCAUAUGAAACUAAUAUAAUGCCAUACACAAAUUAUACGUAUGACUUUAAAGGCAUUAUUGAUUAUGUAUUUUACAGUAAGAAAUUAAUGCGUGUACUCGGUGUAUUGGGACCAUUAGAUCCCGAAUGGAUUCGUUCAAAUAAAAUAAUCGGCUGUCCACAUCCAAACGUACCAUCCGAUCAUUUUUCGUUACUUGUCGAAUUUGAGCUAAAUCCAUCUCUAUCACUAUCGACGUCAAGUUCAACUGGCAUAACCUUACCAUCAUCUCCAAUAACAACGUUAAGUCAUAAUACAUCAAGUAAUUUAAGACCACUGCUGUAA